AUGCCACAGUUGACAAGGAACUUAGGUCAGUUAAUUUCCAUCGGUGCGUUGUCACUUUCUUUUGCGGUAUUGGUAUGUUUGGCGGUAGUAUUUGCCGGGUGCACUUCUUCCUCUUCGCCGGCCGAUCUACAUUUCUUGAAGGUAAACCUCAGUGACUUCCCGGAAAUCAAUGAUAUCCAUCUUCGCCGCUCCAUCGACUUGUCGGGUGCCUCAUCAAGCAUCACUGAUGGGGUAACAAGUGUUGCCGGCAGUGUCACAGAAGGCAUGGAUAGUGCGGCUUCUGAAGCUUCUACAGCCGUUGAGAGUAUCGCAACCAAGGCUUCAACUGCCGCCGGGACGGCUGUGAGUCAGGCGAGCGAUGCGCUUCGGACCUUGGCAAAAGAGCUCAAGUCAGAGCUCCCAGCGUAUUACACUGUUGGAUUAUGGGGUUACUGCGAAGGCAACGAUACUCAGGUUAUCUCUUGUUCCCGACCAAGCGUAUCUUUCACGUUUAAUAUCUCCGGUAUUCUGAGAUCUGCUUCGACAGAGAUCGGUGAACUGGUUUCAACAAUUGAUGAAAAAGUCCUCAAUGGAUAUUAUGAUGUAUCCAGAGCAGUCACUUCGUUAUAUAUUUCUGGCUUCGUGGCGGCGACGCUCACGGCAGUUCUGGGCAUAAGGAAAACGUUCUUUGAUGGAGGUAGUAAGCUACUCAUUAUAUUCUGCGUGCUUUCUGUCGCUCUUCUCAUGUCUGCAGCGAUCGGUGUGAGCGUCAUAUACCGCCUAACAACUUCCGCGAUCAAUACAAUCCUAGGCAGCUUUGGUGCUUCGGCCAGCCUUGGAGGACACAUGCUAGCCGCUGCAUGGCUCGCGGUUGCAUUCUCCAUAAUCUCCUUGUUGGCAUGGCUGAUACGAUCAUGUUGUUGUUGUUGUUCUAACUGA